UGUAACAUGAAAGUGAGAGAAAUAUCUGAAUGCUUGACCAUUCUACUAUUUACUGUAGUAAUCAAUGCGACCAGAGGUUUUAACGGAUUUUACCUAAAAAAAUGUAAAUACCUUAAAAGUCUUCCAGGUUAUGAUCAUAAUGGUUGCUGCUAUAUUAACUUCGAAGAAAUCAACGGUGAAUGUAUAAGGUGCAAACCUGGAUUCACGUCAAAAAAUGGCAAAGUUUGUGAACCAUGUCCAAUUGAUUUAUACGGUGACGGAUGCUGGUUUGCAUGUUAUUGCAAUGAUUCCCAGAGAUGUGACCAUGUCAAAGGAUGUGUAGACGCAGAGACUACAACUACACUUCAUUUACCAAGUCGAACAGAAGAGACAGGGUCAGUGGAACAGAAAACCAGAUUAUCACAGACGGAACUACUAGUUUCCUAUCUAGGAGCAUCAACUGGCAUUAUGAUUUUAUUUGUAAUAUUAGGAAUUUUGUACUAUUUGAAUAACCGCAACCUUAUGGAAAUAUUAAGAAGAACCUGAAACACCAAAGGCAAAAUUCAAAAAGCUGGAACUAUUUUGGAUAUUCAUCACUACCUUUACGGAACAAUCGACUAUAGCGUAUUGGGAGGGAUAGAAGUGACAAGUAUUUGCAGCCCUAACUUGAUAAAAGAUAAUGACUCGUUUUCUCUUGUAUUAAAACUUUCGCAUUUCAGAUAUUUAAUCAUGAUACUAGUAAGUAAGGCAGGCGAGACAUUUUAGUGUGUGUACUCUUGUUGCAACUAUAGACGUGCAAUGACUUUCUCAUCUUUUUUUGUCUCAUCGUUAAUUAUACGAAAUAACCUUU